AUGUUCACACAACGCCCCUCAUUCCGUUACAUAGCCACCGGGGCUGUAGUGUCUCUGUUUGCCCUUACAUUCCUCAUUAUCGGCACUGGCACACACCGCGAACUUUCAUCAGAGUAUAUACUCAAGGCACCUUCAAGGCCUUGCCCGGCUUCGAGUUUCUCAGGGAAUCAAACCUGGGAUUUUGUUGUCGAGCGUGAUGGAAAUAACCACGGGCUAUCAGAGAGCCAAUGUCGCAUCGCAUUCCCCAAGCUCUAUAACGAGCUUGACAAGUCAUCGGCUCUAAGAGCUGAUCGCCAUUAUACAUACAAAGAGUUUGAUUCUCGCACUGUGGAUGAUGGUAUGGUCCGUGGUAUCAUUGAUGGCGGAGAGCUGUACAUAGUCGACUAUGCCCCAAUGCCUGUUACAGCUACUCGCGCCCGCGCGACCCUCAACUCCCUUCACCGUGCCUUAACUGCCUUCCCAGACCGACACCUUCUCCCCAGCAUCGAGUUCACCUUCACAUCGGAGGACUUCGCCGCAGACUCAAAUGGCAAUGGUCCCAUUUGGGCCUAUUCCAAGCGGGAUUCGGACACGUCAGUUUGGCUGAUGCCGGACUUCGGAUACUGGGCCUGGCCAGAGGUCCAAAUCGGUCCAUACCACGAAGUUCGACGACGUAUUGCCGCUGUUGACAAUGGGGAGUUCAAAGGAGAUGGUAGCUUUAUUCCUGGUCUGCAGUUCCAAGAGAAAAAGAAGCAGCUCGUGUGGCGUGGUAGUCUGGCGACUAACCCGCCCGUACGAGCUAAGCUGCUCAAGUCUGCGUUGGAUCAUAGUUGGGCUAGCGUGCGGGUUAUCGAUUGGGAUGAUGAGACUGAUAUCCGGUUCAAUCUUCUGCCUAUCGAGGAUCACUGUCGGUAUAUGUUCUUAGCACAUGCGGAAGGGCGAAGCUUCUCUGGUCGUGGCAAGUAUCUCCUGAACUGCCGCUCUGUUGUUAUUUCGCAUGUCCUGGAAUGGCGCGAAGUUCAUCAUGCUGCCCUUGUAUCUUCUGGCCCAGAUGCCAAUUAUGUUGAGGUUGACCGUGACUUCGCUGACUUGCCGCGCAAGAUGGAGUAUCUUAUUGAUAAUCCAGAGGCUGCGGAGCGCAUUGCUAACAAUGCCGUGCGCACUUUCCGUGAUCGCUAUCUUACCCCUGCUGCCGAGUCUUGCUACUGGCGCCAAUUGGUGCGGCAGUAUGCUGCUGCUUGUGAGUUCGAGCCGGUCUUGUUUUCGACUACUCGUGAUGGGAGGACGCAGCCUCGAGGUGUGCCAUAUGAUACUUGGCUGUUGAUGCAUUGA